AUAUUACACACCUCCUGAGAAACAUGGCUUGCUGUGUAUCCUUCAUUUUGGGAUCAUCCCUUUUGAUCGCCCUCGUGGCCGGUGAUGGAAUCAAGGGAGGGUUUGGCGGCGGUGGCAUCGACGGUGGCUUCGGAGGCGGCAAACUUGGUGGAUUUGGUGGUGGUGGUUUCGGAGGUAGUUUAGGAGGUGGCAAAUUUGGGAGUGGAUUUGGAGGUGGUGAUUUCGGGGGCGUCGGAAUCGGAGGUGGUAAACUUGGAAGUGGUUUCGGAGGUGGUAAACUUGGAGCUGGAUUUGGAGGUGGUGAUUUCGGAGGUGUCGGAAUUGGAGGUGGUAAACUUGGAGGUGGAUUAGUAGGCGGGGACUUCGGUGGAGUCGGACUCGGCGGCGGUAUUGGAGGAGGUAAACUUGGCGGUGGAUUAGCAGGCGGAGACUUCGGUGGAGUCGGACUCGGCGGUGGUAUUGGAGGAGGUAAACUUGGCGGUGGAUUAGUUGGUGGUGAUUUCGGUGGAGUUGGACUCGGCGGUGGUCUCGCAGGAGGUAAACUUGGUGGUGGUCUUGCAGGAGGUAAACUUGGCGGUGGAUUAGUAGGCGGAAACUUCGGUGGAGCCGGACUCGGCAGUAGUUUUGGAGGCGGUAAACUUGGCGGUGGAUUAGUCGGCGGAGACUUCGGUGGAGUCGGACUCGGCGGCGGUAUUGGAGGAGGUAAACUUGGCGGUGGAUUAGUCGGCGGAGACUUCGGUGGAGUCGGACUCGGCGGCGGUAUUGGAGGAGGAAAACUUGGCGGUGGAUUAGUUGGUGGUGACUUCGGUGGAGUAGGACUCGGAAGUGGUUUCGGAGGGGGUAAACUUGGAGGAGGAUUCGGCGGCGGAGGCUUUAGUGGUUUCGGCGGAUCUGGAUUCGGAGGUAAUUUUAAGGGAUCCAUUGUGAGGGGAGUUCCCAUCCGACUCAGCCACGGAGGUGGUUUCAGCAGCGGCCUCGGCAGCGGUUUCAGCAGAGGUUUCGGCAGCGGUUUCGGCGGAGGUUUCGGCAGCGGUUUUGGCGGAGGCCUUGGAGGCGGAAAAUUCCAUUAAACUUCUCAUCUCAAGAGGUGAAUAUCGGACUUUCCUUCUCUCUGAGCGCUACACUGCUUAAAGAAAAAUUAAAAGCCUUUAUUUAUUCACAAUGCAUUCAGUGUGGAUUAACUAUCGAUUUAUAAAAAAAAACAUAAAUUUG